GGAGUCCAACAAGUGCUGCCAUCAAAAGCCAAGUUGUGAAAACAACAGAUAACAGAACAAGGAUUCCUUCUCUUCAACUACCCAAGACACCCGAGCCACUGAUAACCUCUAUAAGUGAGAACAAGGCAGGAAUGCAAAGUAACCGAACCAUUUCAUCUGAAUUCCAGAAGCCUUUGACUAGCAGUACUCAUGAAAAGGGAUCUCAAAUACGAAGAUCACUUCGGACUAUUGGGAAACUGAUUAAUGGUUCUGAUAGAAAGAACCAACAGAAAAGGACUGAAGUAGCAGCCCCAUUAUCACCUUUUAGUUGCCAAAAUGAGGAGAAGUCAUCAACGGCAUCUAAUGCAAGGACACUGAGAAGACAAUCCUUAACUGGCAUCCCACUACCAACCAUGUCGAGAAGAUCUUUACUUGGAGGAGGGAGCGUGCCGGAUUCUUGUGCAAAUGAAAAUAGAAAUUGCAAAACUCCAGGCGCGUCAGCCAAGUUAACAAAGAGGUGGCUAUGAGGAAACAACACUAAGUAGUUAACACCAAGAAGCUGAUACAUGAAAUAAAGAUUGAAAGACAUAAAUAGCUGGAAAGGGAGAUUAAAAGAAGUCAGUCCACCUCAGCAACCAGUUCAAGAAAGUAAUUAUAACUGCCAAUUAGUUAGAUAGUUUUUUUUACUGUCACUGUUCAUUCUCAAAUCAGUUAAAAGUAGUUACAAUUGUAUUCAUAGUGUAUUCCAUUUUCAGAUAAAUAGGGAAUUUGUGCAAUAAAGAAUCAUCAAUAACAAAUAUCAAUUUUUGUUCUAAA